UUGUAGAGAGAGCGUGUGGGCAGCGCAUCCUCCAAUGCGUGUGUGAUUCAUCUCUGAAACUUGUCAUAAAGUACUGAAUUGAUUUGUUUUAUUUCUUUUGGACGAGUAAAAGCUGUUUGUUUCGAUAUUUAAAUGUAUCCCGCGUUAUUGUUUCGAGGUCUGAUACGUUAAUACAUGCUGUACACUUCACAUAGGAGCAUCAUCCAACGAUUAAUUUAUUUUUGUGUGUUGUUUUUCCUCACUCAAUACGUCCAAUCGUCGAUAAGAUGGCCUGCGGAUACAUUUCGCAGUUUUGAAUUGUCCUCCGGAAGUGGAGAUCAGUACAACGUCAGUGACUUCAGUUUAAAAGGGUCGAACCCCGUGUCCAAGCUUUAGAUGAAGAAGCAAAUGGAGACAUACAACUGCUGAGCUACUCCCUCUGCUCCUCUCCUCCUGCUUUUUUCCUCACCUUUUUCCUUCUUAAUGAGAGGAGUUGAGCUCAGAAGAGAAAACUUCCACCAUGUCCCAGAAGAUCUCCUCUCCAUCUCACAGCAAUAGUAGUUCCUCCUCCAAACAUGAAAGCAGACAGGACAGCUGGGAGAUCGUCGAGGGCUUGCGUGGUGGUCUGUCUAAUGUACAGGAGCCAGAGAGGCAGGCAGGCUACAUGUUGAAGAAGAGGAAAUGGCCCAUGAAAGGCUGGCACAAGAGAUACUUUUACUUGGAAAAAGGCAUUCUGAAGUAUGGCAAAUGCCCAGCUGAUAUCAAGAAAGACAAGCUGCAUGGCUGCAUUGAUGUGGGUCUGUCCGUCAUGGCCAUUAAGAAGAAAGCCAAGUGCAUUGAUCUGGAUGCAGAAGAAAACAUUUAUCACCUGAAGAUCAAGUCCCAGGAGCUUUUUGAUGAGUGGGUCUCUAAGCUUCGUCACCACAGACUUUACAGGCAGAAUGAGAUCGCCAUGUUCCCUCAUGAGAAAACUCUCUUCCACCCUCAUUACCCCCUCACCUCCUCCCCCACCAUACCUGACAGUCAGUCCAUGAGAAAGCGUGCCUCUCUAGCAAAGCAGUCCUCUCUCCACUCGCCUGCAUCUUUUACCAGUCAGGCUAAGGUGACCGCAUGGCUCCAGUCUUCUGAUGACAUGGACAGGUGCACCAAAGAGCUUUCAGUUUGUGAAACUCAGCUGCUGGAACUGAAUCACUUGUUAAAAAGUAUGGAGGUGUUGCACCGCACCUAUUCUGCCCCAGCCAUCAAUGCGCUGCAGGCUUCAACGUAUGAUAGCCCGAAAAAAGAGAAAAGACAUCAUAGAAAGUGGCGGAACAAGAAUUAUGGGAAAGACAACAAAACAACCCUACAGGUUCCAAGCUGUAUCUCUUCAGGGUCUAUCCGUCUCCAUGCGUCCAAUCCCAACCUCUCCUCAGUUGAGCUGGCCAAUGAGAAGAGUUACCAUGAGCCCCUGGACUCACCUAUAGACGUAUCCAAACUGCAGGAAGACUUCUGCCGUGUUGCAAACAACCUUCACGCAACCAUGAAGUCAGCCGUAAGCAUGCUGACAACAGAGAAAGAGAAACUCAAACAGAUGCUGGAGCUUGAGCCUUGUCCUGUCCCCUCAGCCCAGCUCGUGGGAUUGAAGAGUGCCCUAGCGGCUAAGCAAGACUCCAGCGAUGGUUCCCACCCCCUUGUCCACCAGGCAUCCAAUGAGAGCAGAGCUUCCAUUACAGAGUCUCUCUCAGAGUUCUUUGAUGCACAGGAAGUGCUGCUGUCAGCUAGUUCUUCUGAAAAUGAGCCUUCGGAAGAUGAUUCAUAUAUCAGUGACAUCAGUGACAAUGUGUCCAUGGACAACUUCAGCAAUGAGGCAGAGAAUGAGAGACUCAAUAUUGGUUUUGUAGAGAACGGCGGUGAACAGAGGCGGUCGUGUCUUCCUUCCCCUAGUCCCAACACCAGCAACAUUAGCCUGUGGCACAUCCUGAAGAACAACAUUGGGAAGGACCUUUCGAAAGUGGCCAUGCCUGUUCAACUCAAUGAGCCCCUCAACACACUGCAGAGGUUGUGUGAAGAACUGGAAUACAGCGAACUCCUCGACCGGGCCGCACACACACAGGACCCAUUUGAGCGCAUGGUGUACAUUGCCACAUUUGCUGUGUCAGGCUAUGCUGCCAGUUACUACAGAGCAGGAGGGAAGCCCUUUAAUCCAGUGUUGGGUGAGACCUACGAGUGCGACCGUCCAGACAAAGGCUUUCGUUUUGUGGCUGAGCAGGUUAGUCAUCACCCCCCUAUAUCAGCGUGUCAUGCUGAGUCUAAAAACUUCAUCUUUUGGCAAGAUGUCAGGUGGAGGAAUAAGUUCUGGGGAAAGUCCAUGGAGAUUGUACCUGUAGGAACUACACAUGUGGUUCUUCCUGGUUUUGGGGAUCACUAUGAAUGGAAUAAAGUGACAUCAUGUAUCCACAACAUUCUGAGUGGGCAGCGCUGGAUUGAGCACUAUGGCGAAAUCGCCAUUAAAAACUCCAACAGUGAGAAAUGCCAGUGUAAAGUCACAUUCAUUAAGGCGAAGUACUGGAACUCAAGUAUGAACGAAGUUGAGGGAGCAGUCACCGACCACAAAGGGAAGGUCAUUCAAAAGCUUUUUGGGAAAUGGCACGAGGGCAUCUACUGUGGCACCCCACCCUCUGCUACCUGCAUCUGGAGGACAAAUCCAAUGCCUCCAGACUAUGAGCAGUACUACGGUUUUACCAAGUUUGCUAUGGAGCUAAAUGAGCUUGACCCUGCUACCAAACCAUUUCUUCCACCCACAGACACAAAGCUGCGACAUGACCAGAGAUUAUUAGAGGAAGGAAACAUUGAAGCUGCAGAAGUGCAGAAACAGAGAAUUGAACAGCUGCAGCGUGAGAGACGAAGAGUCCUAGAGGAGAAUCACAUGACACAUCAACCUCGAUUCUUCCAGAAAUCCAAAGAUGAAACCUGGAUGAGCAACAACACUUACUGGGACUUGAGAAAAGAUCCUGGAUUCAGCAAACUUGACUGUCCAGUCCUCUGGUAACUCAGAGGCAGCCAAAAUUGAUCUGUGCUCACUGUUGCCUGCGCUUUUCUAUUCUGGCCAACAUUACAACAUCAAGAAAAAACACCUCUUAAAGUGAGGUAGAGACUGAUAGAGCUGAUGAAGAAAAACUGGCCAUCCGAUUUAAGCAUGACAGAGGGAACCACACUAGACCUUUGACUAAGAAUUAUAUAAUUUCAAGUCACUCCUUAAAGGAAUAGUAAAUUAAAAAAAUACAAAUAAUAAACAUUAUGUUGUCAUUUACUCACCCUUGUGUCAAUCCAAACCCUUUGCUUUAUUAUUUGAAACACAAAAGAACAUGUUAGGCAGAAAUGUGAUGGACUGAGUGCUCAGUCACCAUUCACUAUCAUUGUAUGGCACAAAGAUGCAAUGAAAGUAAAUGGUGACUGAGGCGUACAUUAUGCCUUUAUCCUUUUGUCUUCCAAUGUCCACCAUUAUCCUUUUGUCUUCCACGGAAGAAAGACACUCAUACAGGUUUGAAACAACAUGUGGGUAAGUAAAUGAUGUCAGAAUGAUCAUUUUAGGGUGAACUAAUCCUUUAAUAUUUGUUAUUUAAUGUCCCAGCAGUUCAAUUGCCUUAAUAUGCUUACAUUAUCUAUUAUAGUUUAUUUUAUGCAAAUGGAUCCCUUGAAAGUAUAAGAAAUAUGCAAUCUUGGCUCAGUUCAUAUUCUUGUUUUGUUGCUGUGCAAAAUACGUAGCACAAGAAGCCAACACAAAUACUGUUGGAUUGUGAUCUCUUGUGGCUAAAUGUGGUAUAUACAAUAUACAAAUAACUGAAGAGCACUUGGAAACUCAACCCAAAACAUAAUGUAUUACUGUAGUAUGUUGUUGUCAGAGCAAAAAUGCGUUGUCUACCUCUUAAAAGGAAACUGUCAAGGAAUUUAUGAUGUACGUUAGAUUAUGAAUUCCACAUCUGUCUAAUGCCUUAUAUACUAUUAUAUACUUGAGUAUAUAAUGACUGAGUCUUUACUAGAAAUUUUCAUCAAAUCAAAUGUAUUGUAAUUUUAUGAAUGCCGUUAAUUCAGAGAUUCUUGUGUGAGCAAGAGGUGACGUUUGAGGGUCUCUAAGAAAUAUUUAUAUUAAUUUUAACUUAUUCAGAGGACUGGCAGAUGGCUCAUCAGUACUCGGCAUAAUCACUGCACAUGUGAGCCUGGCAGUGUUUUAAAGCUUCCCACAGUUCGACUUGUAACCUUUGCUCAUUUCACUCUGAACUACUCACUACGACGAAAGCUGUUGGGGGAAUGGGGGUACUUGCGUGUUGAUCACUGCAGCGCUUCCUCUCUCCUUCAAUAAAGUCUCAUUUCAAAGAUCACACUUUGUUGUUUUUAUUUCAGAUUUAUUUAAAAGUUCAAGUUAAUCUACAAAAUCGAAUAAACAUAUGGUCUGUAGAGACAAAGUUGAGGCAGUUCAAUAUUCA